AUGACAUACGCGCAUCUGGCUCGCUCUGCCCUUCUGAUGCCUCUUCAGCCCCGCACUUGCACAACGUUAAGCUACCAUGCAGGAAAGGCCAAGGACGCCCCAGCAUUCUGCCCUUCGCUGCCACAAGACUGGGGCCGGCUCCGAUGCCUAAGAGGCCGGUGCACUUCCGCUGCUCUACAGAGGCCACGCCCCCUCCGCCCCUCGCCCGCGACAGAAGGUGAUGGGCGUGGCCUGGGCGGUCCUUGCCACUUGACGGUAGCGGUCGCAGUAAGCAGCGCCCUGCCUAGCCUGUGGGCGGAGCUGAAGCAGCGUUUGCGGGGAAGUGCAGAGGAGCGGCUGCGCCAGUCACUCCUCACUCCGAAGGUGAUUGCCCACAAAAUUUCCAUCUUUUUGAGCAUGCAAGAUGAAAUUGACAUGGGAGAGAUCAUCAAGGACACUUUCAGACAAGGCAAAAUCUGCUUCAUCCCUCGGUACCGAUUCCAGAGCAAUCCCAUGGACAUGGUGAGGUUAGCGUCACCUAAAGAGAUCUCUUCACUUCCCAAAACAUCCUGGAAUAUUCAUCAGCCUGGUGAGGGAGAUGUUCAGGAGGAGGCCUCAUCCAUGGGUUUACAACAUAAUAACCCAGCUGGUAAAUGA